UUUGACCGAUAUACCGACCCAUGACAAAAGGCCCAAAACUUUCGGCCCACCUAAGCCCAACUUAAAAAAAUAGCGCCAAAUAGAUUUAUAUUUGCAAAAUCCAUUCUGUCUCUCUCCAUCAUCUCUCUCUCACACAAAAAAAAUCCAAAAAAGCUCUGCAAAAAGAAAGAAGUUGCUAUGGAUGCUUACGGAAAAAUGAAUGCUGCGAUCGCUAAGGCGGAGAAGGAAGAACAAGAACAGGAUGAGAUUGAUCGGAUGCCGUCGGGAAAGCGAAUGAAAUUAAUGACGAGCAAGAGCAAGCGUGGUGGGAAAGCUUCUUCUAGUGGCCGUUCUACUCAAGGAGCUGCACAAGUGUUGAAGUCUGGAGUUGAUACCGUCGUGAAAAAGGAAGAUGCACAAUGUGUUUCACAGGAUAACCCUUCCAAUUUUUCCAGCGUACUCAUGGAUGACAAGAUUUCUCAAAGUGCUGGGAAAAAGAAAGAAAGUUCUCCUUUAUCGGACCCUGCAUAUAUCAAGGUCGAACCUGUGGGUAACAAUAUGGUUGAAACUACUGUGAAGAAUGAAAUGGGUAAUUUGCCCAAUAGUAGCAUGGUUCGGGUGAAAAGUGGAGUUGGAAUUACCUAUGAGUUUACUGAAGACGAACUGGAUAAUAUGGCGUUAUCAGAGCGAAUGCAGCUGUACUCUAAGAGAAGGGCUCCUUCAUUCAAGAUAGGUAGAGUUGUAGAGUGCUCAAGCGAAAUAGCUUCUUCUGUCUCUGGUUGCGCAACCAUUUCACCUGCGCCAGCUAAACCACUAAAAGUUUGCCCACCACAGAAACAAAGGAAAACUGCCACAGAUUCAGUUCAAGCAGCAAUGGAGGAAGAUGCUCCUGGACUCUUGCAGAUAUUACUUGAAAAAGGCGUAAGCGUUGAUGAGAUGAAGCUUUAUGGGAAAAAUGAGAGUAAUGAGCCUCUUGAUGACUUGUCCUCUGAAGACAACUUCUCAGAGCUUCAAGCUGUUAUAUCUAAGCUUUUUUCCUCCCAACGGCAGUCUUUGUUAAAGCUAGCUCCACUCCAGCGUACAAAAGGUGAAAAAGCCAGCUAUUGUUUAGCUUGUCUGUUUUCCCUCAUUGAGCAGGCACGAUAUCUACAGUUUCGGAAGUGGCCUGUUGAAUGGGGCUGGUGCCGAGAUCUCCAGUCAUUUAUUUUUGUCUUUGAAAGGCAUAACAGGAUUGUGCUGGAGCGUCCUGAAUAUGGCUAUGCUACAUACUUUUUUGAACUGGUGGAUUCCUCCCCCAUUGAUUGGCAAAUCAGGCGAUUGGUAACUGCUAUGAAGCUUACUAGCUGUAGCAGAGUCACCCUAAUCGAGAAUAGAACACUGACGGUAGGAAAGGAGCUUAGUGAAGGAGAAGCAAAGGUAUUAAUGUCAUAUGGUUGGGUACGUAACACCGGUCUGGGAACGAUGCUCAAGUAUUAUGAUAGAGUUAUUCAUGACAGAAAAACGGAGAAAAAUGGCUCGGAGUGGAAGUCGAAAAUUGAGAAGUUGCUCGUAGCUGGAUACAGUGGUGGUUCCAUAGUUGAAAACCCCGUGGACUACAAUGUUGCUCAGAAUUUCCCUGAAAUCAAGUUAGAACUAGAGUAAAACCUAGCUUCAUUUAUCUAAAAUCUUGUAAAUGUCCAUCCUCUGUAAACUAGCAUAAAAUGCUUUCUUGUACAUACUUUUGGCUUUAUCUUUAAGCAGGCUGUCUAAAUUUAGUUUUUAUUUAUAAAAGGAGGCAAUUACAUACUUUUUAAUGAAACAGGAUAAUUUUUGCAGGA